CAUCAGAUUGAGAGACGUUAAAUGUUGCUUAGGGAAGCGACAGUCAAGCAUUCAUCAAAUAGGUAACUCCAGCCGAUACGUGAUGUGCUGACAACCGUGACACAGCCCGUCCCCUCUCCUCCGCCGAUCAAUUCUUCUUCUCCUCCUCUCUCUAUCGUCUUCUCUACCCUCCCAUUCUUCCUGCCGUCCGCAUUCCCUCCGUUCUCCAUUCUUCUCCUUCCUCCCACCUUCCAGCAUGCUCAGCAGAGAAAUGAGGAGACCUACAGCUAUGUUCUAGCUGAGUUAGUCCGGCUUUCCUCGUAAAAAGCUUUCCUUUGGCUCUCGCCCGCGAUCACUCCCCAUGACGUCGCCGGGCGAGUGGUGGCGUCGCGUGACGGCGGCCGCUAAGGAUAAAAAGAGCCUCUGUUUGACGACGAUGACCAAGGCCCGCGGCGACCACCUCGCCGGUGGUCCACGAAGGGCGGAGGUGGAGGCGGAGGUGAUCCGGGCCACGACCCACGACGAGCGCUCAGUGGAUUACAAGAGCGCGCGGCGCGUCUUCGGGUGGGCGAACGCCGCCCCCUCCUCGUUCCUCCACCCGACGAUGUGGAUUAUCGCCCGCCGCGCCGAACGCACCCGCUCCUGGGCAGUGGCUCUCAAGUCGCUCCUCCUUGCCCACGGCCUUCUCCGGUGCUCCGACGACGCGCCGCCCACAGCUCGCCUCGGUCGCCUCCCGUUCGACCUCUCGGACUUCCGCGACCGCUCGUCUUCCUCCUCCGGCUUCUCCGCCUUCGUCUGCGCCUACUUCCGCUUCCUCGAUUACCGCUCCCAUUUCUACGCCCAAAAGCCCGUCAAAGGCGCCACCUUUACGACCAUCCCUGCUGCCAGACCAAGUGACGAGGAGGAGACGGAGCCCGACGCCGACCUCUCGGAGCUCGAGCGCCUCCAGGCCCUCCUCGACCACCAGUUGCAGAUCCGUCCAUACGCAGACGGCAUGCGCGUGAGGCUCGUCCUCGAGGCCAUGGACUGGGUAGCGAUCGAAAUCUUCGAGGUCUACAGCAGCAUCUGCGACCGAAUCUCUCACUUCCUCGCGGGCAUCGUCGGCUCCAAGUCCUCCAAGACCACUCGGAGUCCAGCAUCGGAAGACAGGAAACGAAGGGGAACGCUUGGACUGAGGGUGCUGCGGCGGGCGGCGGCGCAAAACUCGCAGAUCGCGGCCUACUUCGAUCUCUGCCGCUCGCUCGGGGUCCUCAACGCGGCGGAGCCCCCUGCGGUGCAGUCCAUCUCCGAGGAGGACAUGGCCGAACUAGAGCAGCUGCUCGUCGACGACUUUCCAGUUACAGAGGCAGAAGAGGAGGCGGAGGCAGGAGAACGAGAAGACAAGGAAGCAGGGGGGGAUUCCGGAACCGUGAUCACCAGAAGCUGGGUUGUCUUCGACGAGGGAGAGGCGCAUUCCGCGAAAGAGGAGAUGGAGGGGCAUUUCUGGAACCCUGACCUUUGUUGUUCUCCGGAGCCGUCAUCUGUGUGGGCUUCGGUAGUCAAACCCCGACGUGGCGGCCUAAGGAAGGGGAAGGCCGAUUCAAUCGAGCUGAUCGGACUGAUAUACCCCUGAUUUUUCCACGGAACUACAUGUACGCCAUUCCCCUCGCAUUAAGGGUUUUUGCAUGACAUAACAAUAGUAUCAACGCUAAAAAAUCAGCAAUUCUAUAAAGA